AUGAAAUUCCUAUUCUUUUUAUUCUUUGCUCCUGUUGUUUUUGGUGGUUCAUUACAAUUUGACUUAAAACGUAGAUCCAAGUCCUUAAACAGGAGACAAGAUGACGACGUCAGCUUAGUGCCUAAACCAGAAGAUAAUGAAUAUUGCAUCGAAUUAGGUUUUGGUUCCGAGAAGGAAAAAGUUCAGGUCAUAGUUGAUACUGGGUCAUCUGAUUUGUGGGUUCCAAUAUCGAACGCAACUUGUAAUACUGGGACUUCUAGCGAAUCCGCUGAUUGCCCAAAACUGAGGUACAAAUGGUAUAAAUCUACUACAUUAAAAAUGUCUUCCUUGCCAUUCUAUGUUCAGUAUGGGGAUAAUUCAUCUGCUGAAGGGUUGUUUUGUCAAGAUACAGUCUGGAUUGGUGAUACAGGCAUAAAUAACACGACUUUUGGACUUGGUGCCAUAGUUGACAGUGUUGGAACUAUGGGUCUCGGUUUUCCACAAUUAGAAGGCUCCAUCUUGGCGUUCAAUGAAUCCUCAUAUCCAAAUUUUCCACAAAAGUUAAAGAUGGAUGGAACUAUUGAUAGAGUGAUUUAUUCUAUUGUGCUUAACAAAGAUUCAUCUAAAAGUUCAUUGUUGUUUGGAGCAGUUGACCAUGAAAAAUAUUCAGGUGAAUUGUUAACUAUACCUAUGAUGACUGAAGAAGAAUAUGAAAAGUAUAUGGCUAUUUCAAUAGAUUCUAUUGCUUUGGCUAGUGAUAAAAUCAACCAGACACUCGCUUUGGAAACAAAUGUCAUAUUGGAUACUGGCAGCACUGUUUCUACUUUUAGUAAUAGUGUAAUGCAGGAGUUAGCCGAAAGUUUGGGUGGCGAGGUGAAAGAUGGGCAAUAUUAUGUGGAUAAAACUUUAGCAGACAAAUCCAAGUUACGCUUCACCUUCAACAACUUAACUAUCGAGACAGAAGUCUAUAUUCAAGAUGCUGGGGAUGGUGAGUAUGUAUUACAAUACUUCAAUCAACCAGAUGACUCCAUUCCUGCUAAUGUUCUUGGCCAAGAUGUCUUGACUCGAAUCUAUGCUGUCUAUGAUUUAGAUGGAUUGGAAAUCAGCAUUGCCCCACAAAGUGGAUCAACUAAGUCAAACAUUGAGGUUGUCGGGGCCGAUGGUGAAUUCAAUAAAGCAUCCAGUAACAUCUCUGAAACAAAUGAUAGUUCUGCAACAACUGAAGGUUCCUACUCAAGUGCUACUUCUCAAACAAGUGGCAGCUCUGAAACAAGUGACAGUUCUCAAAAGAGUGAUGCAAGCUCAAUCAAAAACAUUUCUGUUUACUUGCUAGCUCUUAGUUUGUUGAUUUCCAUUUGUUUUGGUUAG